AUGGUCCGCUUUGGCUGGCUCGUCGCACUGGCGGCGCUCGGCCGCGCGGCGCCGGAGCGUGCCGCGUCGCGGCUGCCGGUGGUCCGCGCCGCGAGCCUCGAGAAGCAGGCGCCUCGUCAGCCGCUUCCCGCCGUCAGCGAGGCGCAGCCCGUAGCUGCCAGGGCUCGGCGUGUGGUGGAUCGAAAUAACGCAACGGCCAACCUCACCGCUCGGGCAGCCGCUCUGCCCGACGCCACCGCUGGCUGGUGGGCGCGCGCCGGCGAGCCUCCGCCGCUGAGCGAGGUCGCCGCCGGCUUUGGCGGCGUCGGCGACGAGGCGGCGGGGCUGCAGCUGCUCGACAACCUUCCCACGGACCAUGCGGAGGAGAGCGAGGAGGAGCUGGCCGCGGCGCUGCGGCUUGUGCUGCAGUCGGACGAGUACGAGACGGAGGGCGAGGAGGGGCGGCGGCGCGAGCCGAGACAGCGGCGGCGGCCGACGCCGCGAGCCGAGCUCUUCACGCCGGCGGCCGCCUCAGGGUACGAGGGCCUGGAGGAGGAGGAGGCGGAGGACGAGGACGCGUUGCUCGCCGGGCUGGACAGCGUCGGCCUCGACGACGUGCUCUGGGGCCAGCUGCUCGCGGCAGCAGGCCCGCUCGAUGGCUUGCCCCUGCUCGACGGCUUGCCCCUGCUCGACGGUUUGCCACUUGACGGCGGCCUGCCCGCGCUGCCCGAUGCGCUGGGCGGCGACGCGGUGCGCGACUUGGACCCCCUCGUCUUGGGCCUCGAGUCGCCGGAGCACUUGUCGAUGGCGUCGUUUGGGUCGGCGGUCUCGUUCGGGGGCGAUUUGGCCGCCUACUUAGGCCCACUCGCGCAGCCCUUUGGGGCGGCGACGGAGCCGCUGCAUGCGUUUGGACAGGGCGGCGCGCCCCGCCUGCCAGAGCUCGCGGACCUCGGGCCGACACACGGGCUACAGCUCCCAGGGCUGCUGGAGGUGGCCUCCACGGCGAGCUUUGGCUCGACGCUCUCGUGGGGCAGGGCGCAUUUCGCCGACGGCACCGACGGUUUUCCAGCACUCGAGGCCGCCUUCGGUGUCGGCAGAGCCGGCGGGCAGUGGGCGCCCCACCCCGGCCUCGACGUGCCGAUCGACGAGCUCACGCUCUUGGACGAACUCGGCGUCGCCGGCUUGGGCAUAUCGGCGGCGAGCUUUGCUUCGGCUGUCUCGCUUGGCGCCCAAGCCUUCGCCCUCGGGCAGGGCCCCGCGGCCGCCGCUUUUGGCGCGGCGGGGACGGAUGAUGCCGGAGCGCAGUGGGCGCCCCAUCCUCCGCAUAUGCCCGGCCUCGACGUGCCGAUCGACGAGCUCACGCUCUUGGGCGAGUUGGGCGUCGCCGGCUUGGGCUUAUCUGCGGCGAGCUUCGCUUCGGCUGUCUCGCUCGGAGCCCAAGCCUUCGCUUUCGGGCAGGGCGGUUUUGCGCCAGUGGCGGCGGCGGCCCCAGUGGAUGAGAUCACUCUCUUGCGGCAGCACGCAGCCUUGCUCGGACAGCCCGGGACCCCGGCGCUGGGGCGUCUCGGCGGUGGUUUCAUCGACAUCGAGUUGAUACCGCAAUCCUUCACGGGGCACAGCUUCGCGUCCGGGAUGUCCUUCGGCGGUGGUGCCGAGCUGGCAGCUGCCCGCGACCUCAUUGAGGGCACCGGCUUUACCGCUGUCGAUCGCGCCUUUGCCGGCGGGCUCGCGGACGGCUCGCUCAGGCCGGCUCCGGCCUUGGGCGCCGUCCAGCUCCCCACCCCUCUUGGGGUCGAUGCAGCCAACCUGUUCAGAGACCUCGGCCUGGCAGCAGGCCUGGCCGCCGUCUCCUUUGGGGGAAGCUUCGCCUCUGGCGUCGGGUCCUUCGCCCGGACCGGCGCCUCUCCCUUAGUCCCUACGGAUGCGGGCUUUGCGGCCUUGGACGUGGGUCUGGACGCCCCGCUUCUCGACGAUCUUGGCCUCCUGCGAGAGCUGCCGGCGUUUGGAGCGCUGAAGCAGCUCGACGGCCUGCUGUCUGUCGGCGCGAGCUUCUCGUCCGCCGCCUCGUUUGGCGGCGCGGGCCUCAGCCCUUUCGACGCACUCGAGGUGCUCGGUGUGGACAUGUUGCCGCCCGCUCUUGGCCGCGGCGAGCUCGGCGCGUUGCCGACUGCCGAGGACGUACUCCGCGACACCGAGGCGUUCGACUUUGGCUUGCGUGAGCUUGAGCUCGGCCGUCUCGUGGACGGACUUCAGCUCACCUCGCUCGGCGGGGGCAGCUUCGCCUCCGGCCUCUCCUUUGCUGGCGGGGGGCUGGCGGGCCGCGACGCGCUCGCCGCGCUCAACUUCGACGACCCGCUCGGCCCGCUCUUCGACCCGUUCGGCCCGCUCGGGCUGGAUACGGGGCUCGGUGAGGGGCUCGACGCCGGUGCGCGGCUCGGCCAGAAGGCGGCAGCGGCCGGGCUCGCGGGGCCGCUUGCCGGCUGGCGCGGCGUUGAGGGGCUGGACAGGCUGAGCGACUUUGAGCAGCUGGAGGGCCUCGAUCUGACGGACUUUGCUGCGCUCGGCCACUUGUCGAUGACGUCCGCCUUCACGUCGAUGACAUCCUUCACGCUCGGCGGUUUGCCCCAAGACCUGCUGGCGGCCGAGCUCGACUUCGACCGGCUCACUGAAGGAGGACCCUCAGGGCGCGCUGGACCGAAGGCCGCGCUGGACGCGCUCGCCACGGGCAUAUUCGAGGACGGGCUGCCGACCUUGCUCGACUUCGACACGGCCGGCUGGACCGAGGCGUGGCCCGACGCGCUGCGGAUGGACACGCUGCCCUCGAUGGCCUCGCUCACCUCCGCCACGCUGGCGGACGCCGAGUGGCUCGAGACGCAGCUGGCAGGCGGCUUCGACGGCUUUGGCGGCCUCCCGGGCCACCCGCUCCUACCCGCCGCCCACCCGGCCGCCCAGCCCCUCGAGGCGCUGCUGCGUACCGACCUGCUGGGCACAGAGCAGGCCGAUGUGCUGCGCGACUUGGACCUGGACCUGCUCCGCGACCUGGACACGAGGGGCAUGUCCUUCGCGGGCAGCUUCACGUCGGCGGCCUCGUUUGGCGGGGUGCUCGGCGGGUUGCCCGCCCUCAGCCCGCUCGAUGGCUUGCCCCUGCUCGACGGCUUGCCCCUGCUCGACGGUUUGCCACUUGACGGCGGCCUGCCCGCGCUGCCCGAUGCGCUGGGCGGCGACGCGGUGCGCGACUUGGACCCCCUCGUCUUGGGCCUCGAGUCGCCGGAGCACUUGUCGAUGGCGUCGUUUGGGUCGGCGGUCUCGUUCGGGGGCGAUUUGGCCGCCUACUUAGGCCCACUCGCGCAGCCCUUUGGGGCGGCGACGGAGCCGCUGCAUGCGUUUGGACGGGGCGGCGCGCCCCGCCUGCCAGAGCUCGCGGACCUCGGGCCGACACACGGGCUACAGCUCCCGGGGCUGCUGGAGGUGGCCUCCACGGCGAGCUUUGGCUCGACGCUCUCGUGGGGUAGGGCGCAUUUCGCCGACGGCACCGACGGUUUUCCAGCACUCGAGGCUGCCUUCGGUGUCGGCAGAGCCGGCGGGCAGUGGGCGCCCCACCCCGGCCUCGACGUGCCGGUCGACGAGCUCACGCUCUUGGACGAACUCGGCGUCGCCGGCUUGGGCAUAUCGGCGGCGAGCUUUGCUUCGGCUGUCUCGCUCGGAGCCCAAGCCUUCGCCCUCGGGCAGGGCCCCGCGGCCGCCGCUUUUGGCGCGGCGGGGACGGAUGAUGCCGGAGCGCAGUGGGCGCCCCAUCCUCCGCAUAUGCCCGGCCUCGACGUGCCGGUCGACGAGCUCACGCUCUUGGGCGAGUUGGGCGUCGCCGGCUUGGGCUUAUCUGCGGCGAGCUUCGCUUCGGCUGCCUCGCUCGGAGCCCAAGCCUUCGCCCUCGGGCAGGGCCCCGCGGCCGCCGCUUUUGGCGCGGCGGGGACGGAUGAUGCCGGAGCGCAGUGGGCGCCCCAUCCUCCGCAUACGCCCGGCCUCGACGUGCCGGUCGACGAGCUCACGCUCUUGGACGAGUUGGGCGUCGCCGGCUUGGGCUUAUCUGCGGCGAGCUUCGCUUCGGCUGUCUCGCUCGGAGCCCAAGCCUUCGCUUUCGGGCAGGGCGGUUUUGCGCCAGUGGCGGCGGCGGCCCCAGUGGAUGAGAUCACUCUCUUGCGGCAGCACGCAGCCUUGCUCGGACAGCCCGGGACCCCGGCGCUGGGGCGUCUCGGCGGUGGUUUCAUCGACAUCGAGUUGAUACCGCAGUCCCUCACGGGGCACAGCUUCGCGUCGGGGAUGUCCUUCGGCGGUGGUGCCGAGCUGGCAGCUGCCCGCGACCUCAUUGAGGGCACCGGCUUUACCGCUGUCGAUCGCGCCUUUGCCGGCGGGCUCGCGGACGGCUCGCUCAGGCCGGCUCCGGCCUUGGGCGCCGUCCAGCUCCCCACCCCUGUUGGCGGCAAGGACGGGCUUGGCGCGGGCGGCGCUGACCUCGACGACAGCGCGGCCUUGUUUGACGAGCUGUACGCGGCCGCUGGCGGGCUCGACGACGCGUUUGGCCUCGAGCCUGUCGACCUCGCGCAGGCGGACUCGUACCUGGCCGAAGAGGACCCGACCCUCUUCCGCCUCGACCGGCGCGAGAUGCAGCGCGCGGACGCCAUCGACCUCCUCCCCGGUGUCGACGACAUGCCGCUGCCAGAGGUUUACGGGUCUGCUGGCUUUGGCGACGACCCGCUCGGCUUCCUGAUGCGGCACACGCCGCCGGCGACGGUGCCGACCGACAGCGUCAGCCUGCCGGAGCUCACCCUCGUACCCCCGGUGGCGUCGGGCGACUUUUUCCUCACGCAGCCGCCGCCAGCCUCGUCGGGCGACUUUUUCGUCGUCUCUCUGCCGCCGCUGGUCCGCCCGGGCGCCGCCUUCGCCUCCUUCCUCAUUGCGCCCUCUGUGUAUUUUGGCUCGGUGGUGGCGGUGGUGCCGCCGUCGCCGCCGCCGUCCGACCUCGUCUGCAGCGACGAGUGCCCCUACGCCAAGGAUUUCGUCUGCGACGACGGUGGGCCGAACUCCCAGUUCGCCGACUGCGACAACUUUGACCCUCUCGCGACGCUGCACGACGGCUCGUGCGAGUACCUCCCCGGCGGCUGCACCGACCCCGAUGAGUCCAACUACAACCCCGCCGCCGCGGUGGACGACGGCUCCUGCGUGCCGCACACGAUCGGGUGCACAGUCCCCGCGGCGAGCAACUACCAGGCCAACGCAACCAAGGACGUCGGCGGGUGCACCUUUGAGGUGGACGGCUGCACGGAGCCGUCGGCGCUUAACUUUUGGCCGGCGGCGACGGCCGAUGACGGGACGUGCAUCGCGCGGCGGCCGGGCUGCAUGGCGGGCCAGGCGUCAAACUACAACGCCGAGGCGACCGUGCACGACGGCAGCUGCAGGUACGUCGUCCGGGCCUGCACCGACCCGACGGCGCUCAACUUUGCCGCACGGGGCGACCCGCCCGCGAGCCUCGUCUUUGAGCCAGACCCUGCGUCGUGCGUGCCAAACCGGACGGGCUGCGUGGCUCCGUCGGCGCUCAACUACGACGCCUUGGCGACGUUCUACGACGGCUCGUGCUCCUUCGCGGUGGUCGGCUGCCGCGACCCCUCCGCGCUCAACUACAACCCGCUCGCAGAGGUGGACGCGGUCGGCAACCGCUCGUGUGACCUGCCUCGACUCGGCUGCGCCUUUGCAUCGGCAGCCAACUACGACGCGGACGCGACGGUGGACGACGGCAGCUGCGACUUUCCACUCGCGGGGUGCACCGACGCGCGCGCGGCCAACUACCUGCCGAUCGCCACCUCGGACGACGGCUCGUGCGCCAUCCUCGGCUGCACGCGCCCCGGUGCGAGGGACUUUGACCCCGAGACCAACGUGUACGACGGCUCGUGCCCGCCCACGCCCGCAGGCUGCACCGACCCGGCGGCAGCAAACUAUGCGGCGUGGGCGGACGUCUCCGACGCGGGCCUGUGCCGCUACGGCGGCUGCACCGACCCGCUGGCCGUCAACUUUGCGCCGUCCGCCACGUUUGGCGACGGGUCGUGCGUCGCGCCGCUGCUCGGCUGCACCAACAGCUCGGCCGCAAACUACAACCCGCUCGCGCAGCGCAACGACGGCGGCCGAUGCGAGCCGCUGCGGACCUUCUUCUUGGGGGAGGGGGAGGAGUCCCCCGGCCGUGCGCUGUCGGAGAGGGCGCCAGGGCUGCUCUACGGAUGCACCGACCCGAGCGCCGUCAACUUCCAGCCGCUCGCGACCGCCGACGACGACAGCUGCGUCGCCCUCGUGCUUGGUUGCAUGGACACGGAGGCGCUCAACCACGACCCGGCCGCCACGCGCUCGGAGGGGUGCGAGUACGAGGUGGUCGGCUGCGACGACGCGGCCGCCCUCAACUUCUUGCGCCAGGCGACGCGCGGCUGCGCCGAUUGCUGCUUGCCUCGCGUGCCCGGCUGUAUGGCGCGCGGCGCGCCGCCGUACGAGGCGUCCAACUUUGAACCCGAGGCGACGGUCGACGACGGCUCGUGCAGCUUUGUGCUCUCCGCGUGCCUCGACCCGCUCGCGGCCAACCACAUUCCUGGCUUGAGCGGAAUCGCCGCCGUCACCACCAUCAGCAGCGGGUGCGAGUACGCGGGCUGCACCAACCCUGACGCGGCCAACCACGACCCGCGAGCGACGGUGGAGGAUGGAUCGUGCGAGCGGCCGCCGCGCGGGUGCACGCAGCCCGCCGCGGCCAACUUUGUCCCCGCGGCGCGCCUCGACGACGGCUCGUGCGUCGUGAUUGGCUGCACCGACCCGGCGCGCAAGGAGUUCCGCCCACAGGCGACGGUGGACGACGGCACGUGCUCGUGGUCCGUGCUCGGCUGCAGGUCGCCGAGCGCGGACAACUACCUGCCCGCGGCGACGGCGGGCGGGCCGGAGCUCUGCGCGGAGGCGGGCUGCACGCACGCCGUCGCCCUCAACUACGACCCCGCCGCCGACCUGUACAUGGAGGGGGCUUGCGAGUGGGCGCGCGGCGGCUGCACUGCCUUACACGCGCUCAACUACCUCGCGUCAGCGACGGUUGACGACGGCAGCUGCUACGUCCUCGGCUGCACCGACUUGCUCGCCAACAACUACGCGGACAACGCCACCGCAAACGACGGGACCGCGCCGACAACUUCAACCCCAUCGCGCGCGUCGACGACGACAGCUGUCUGUAUGUCGGGUCUGCCUCUCGUGCCCGGCGAGGGCGGUGGGGCGGAGCCGGGUGGCGCCGGAGCUGACGGCACGCGAUCGCCCGGCGCGUCGUCGUGGGGGGCGUCGACCCUCUCGAUCAUCGACCGACAGGAUUUGGCCGAGGGCGGCGAUCUGGUCGAUUGUGGAAAGGAGGUGGAAUACCGGAUAAACUAUCCGUCCGCGAGAAGGUCGUAG